AGCCCAUAUUACACCGCUAAAAAUUUGCAGGAGAACAUAAAAAGAAUAUGUAAAGAAUGUGAUAUAUGCAUUAAGAAUAAAUCAAGGGGACAACAUAAAUUCGGAUCUAUGUCACAAUUAGGACCAGCAACUAAGGCCUUUGAAAUCGUGUCUAUAGAUACAAUCGGAGGAUUCGGAGGCACUAGAUCGACAAAAAAAUACAUACAUUUACUAGUCGACCAUUUCACGAGAUACGCGUUUAUUUCAACGUCAAAAAGCCAAAAUGCCAACGAUUUCAUAAAAUUAGUUCAAACUGUGCUGGAGAUAGAAAAGAUCGGAACAAUCUUGACAGAUCAAUACCCCGGUCUAAAUUCAAGAGAGUUUAAAGACUAUGUAAAAAAGAAAGAAAUACAACUAAUUUUCACUGCAAUAAAUGCACCAUUCUCUAAUGGUCUAAACGAAAGGCUGAACCAGACACUAACAAACAAAAUAAGAUGCAGAAUCAACGAAGAAGAAAAUAGAAGAGCAUGGACAACGAUAGCACGGGAAUGUGUGAAUAGGUACAACAAACUAGAACAUACAAUCACAGGAUUUACACCGGAGUACCUAUUACACGGAACAGACACCAGCAACAUACCAGAAGAAUUAAGAAGAAAGAAAAACGGAGAAGACUGGAUAAGGGACAAAAAGCUAGCAUCAGAGAGAACACAAAAAUCACAUAAGUAUAACAAAAAUAUAUUCGACAAGAAUAGAAAACACCAUGAAUUCAACGUGGGAGAUAAAGUAUUCAUAGAAAACGGGAACAAACUCAACAGGAAAAAGCUAGAAAAACUAAGAAUCGGACCAUUCACAAUAGAGGAAAAAGUUUCAAACUCAAUUUAUAAAAUAAAAACUGGUAGAAGAAAUCAAGAUACAAGUCUAUUCCAUGCGACAAAGCUAAUUCCACUAUUAGAAGCCGAAGAGGAUUGAGAAACAGUGGAAAAUUUUCCCGAAGAGGGGAGAUGUAAAGAGAAUAUACUCUCUUCAAAAUUAGCGCGCUCAGUAUACUCUGCACGCGCUGCGAUGACAACCUGCUAGAUGUCUCGCCGAGUAACAAAUUAAUCAUCAAGCAUGUAAAGAAGGAUAAGAGAGGAAUAGAUAGAUAGAUAGAAGAAACAUAGAAGUAACCUAACAGAAUAAGUGAUAAAAGCAAAGUUGUAAGAAGAGUCAGAUAAUUGACCUAAAUUGUCGUUUCUCUUAUUUACAGAGAAACAAAUUUGGUUAAUUCAUUUCGAUCGCCCUAACUCCAGGGAAAGAACAUCACAUUAUAUAUAUAUAUAUAAUAUAUAUAUAUAUAUAUAUAUAAUUUUUAUAAAUCCAUUAUAAAUCCAUUAAAAACAUACUUGACGAUAGACCAAUUUCAAUAACUAUGGCAAAUAAUAAAAAAUGAUAAAAGAUUUUUCUCCUCAAUAUGACUUGCUCUAUCAAACCACGAGAGCAUAAGUUUUAGUUUUCUGACACCCUGUAUAUAAA